AUGAGCACGAUAAAUAUACAGGGCGUUGCCGUGGAAUUCCUCUUCGAACCGUACGAGUUACAGAGAAAAUACAUGGACAAGGUGAUUGAAUGCCUGCAAAACGAAACAAAUGGCGUUCUGGAGUCGCCUACUGGGACCAGCAAGACCCUCUCGCACAUGAAGGCUUGCAUUAUCUACAGGCACUUGGAAGCCGGCAGCGCGUUCCAAUUGGAGUUGAGCCGCAUGAUGAGGACCUACAACUUGGAAGCGCUCCCGACCGCCAACCAAAAGAUGCACUUGUAUCUCGGAAAAGCCAAGAACGAGGGCGAACGCGUUCUGUUGGAAGCCAUGGUUGAGCUCAAGGUGGCAUUUUCGCAUCCUCAAAGCAAAAGAACAGAUUGCAACCACAUUUUCCUCAUUUUCAUGCCCACGGUUAUCAUGGAUCCCCCCAAAAUCGAGGAGGCAGUGAGUUGA